GUGCGGAACAUACCAGAGCGCUUUACGUCUCUGUUGACACUUGUAGCAGCACUGACACUUCUUUUCGGUCGUAGUUCACAUUUCUAGUUAUGAUUUAACAACUUCCUGCUUGAGCUGUGAGUAAAUGAGUGUUUUUGAUUUAUUCCGCGGGUUCUUCGGGGUCCCGGGAGGACACUUCCGAGGAAGAAGGGACCCCUUCUUUGAUGCAAUGACUCAUGAUGAUGACGACGACGAUGAUGAGGAAGAAGGAUUCUACUACGAUGGAUUCAAAAGGGACCAGCAGGACCCGCUGGACAGAGCCUGGCGGUUUGGCUUCAGCUUGGGUCCAGACGGGAUGAGCUUCCAGGAGCCGGCCGUGUUCGGCCACGUCCUCCGGGAGAUGGAGGAGAUCUUCUCCCAGCUGGGCCGCUGGGAGGGACAUCCGGAGUCGGGACACUUUGGCGUUCCCAGAGUCCUGCCUCCAUCUCCACCUCAGGGCAGAUCAGAGAGCAGUGGGAAUCCUCUCAGAGACUUUAUGCUCAAAUCACCCGACGGCGACCUCCGCCGGCGGCACCCGGACCACCGACCUUCGUUUGAGUCGCCGCCAUUUGAUGGCAGGAGCCCUUUUUCUAAGUUCAAUGAUUUCUGGGGUGAGGCGCCACGGAGAACUCCAGGUCAAGAGGCUAAAGAAGACAGAGAUCUGGACUCUGCCGUGUCGUCAGGCGGCUUGGAUCAGAUCCUGACUCCGCCUGUCGGUCAGAACCCGACAGAACCCCAGAGCCGCUCUUUCUUCCAGUCCGUCGUCGUCACCAAGGUGGUGAAACCCGACGGGACUGUAGAGGAGCGGCGAACGGUCAGAGACGGACAUGGCAACCAGAAGACCACCGUGACCCGCUCAGGAGGUCCGGACAGGCUGGACGGACCGGACCGCCAGACCGGACCGGUGCUCCCAGGAGAUUCGAAUCGUUUCUCAGACCUGCGGGAUGACGACUCGUUAUUCUCUCGGUUCUUCGGAGGAUUUAAAUAAGAAAUAAACUAGUGUCGUCCUCUCUUUGGUUUUUUGUUUUUAAAGGGAGAACGUGUGUUUGAAACGAAGUCUUUGGUUUGAACAGGAAAUAAAAACUAGUCGCAUCAAGAACAAACAGUCCAGUUAAAUGUUUUAUUUUUGUAAAAAAGGCAGAUUGAAUGGCAGAAAUGUGAAAAAGAGUCAAAUAAAGACUUAAUAUAUUUACUCGA